UAUGCGCAUCUAAACAUACUUGCAAGGGCUCUUUGACAACUCUGCACUUAAGCUAUUAAUUGUUAUUGUCAUCACUAAAAAGUCAAUCUCACCUGCCCGUUGAAAAAUGUUGAAAAUUUGCAAAAUAAACGCAUGCCCAAAUGGAACACUUGGCCUGCAUCUUAGUCGAGCACCCUGGGAUCCAUACCCAUGGGUGAGUGGCAUACAGGAGGGCUCUAGCGCAGAAGAGGCCGGUAUGUGCGUCGGUGACACAGUACUGGAGUUCAAUGGCAAUGAUGUGUUGGGAAAGAAAAUCUUCGAAAUCGCAACGAGAAUACGUGAGCAUUGGCAAAGUGGUGCAACCGAUGUGACGGUCGUGAUUUGGCGUAGGGAAGUAGAGGCGGAUAGCUGCUGCAGCGACGAAAAUGAGGAAGAUGAUGAUGAGGACAGCGACGCGCAAGAGCAUUUUACAAAUAGCAAUGACAGCGAAAGAGCAGCAGUGGCGGUGGAAGGUAGAAGAAAGCGCGCACAUCAGCAUCAAGAGCAUACCAGUAUUAAUCAGCAGUCAUUGCAGAAGUUCGCCACAUGCCUGCAACACAUUGCCCAAUUAUUGGAGUGUCCUGUUUGCCUUGAGGUAAGUUGCAUGCGUUGCAUAUCGAUGAGUUGUGUCAGUAGUUUGAUGGCAUUUAAGGGGAGCGCCGCUAUUAACUUUGUCCGGCUGCCUGCCUAG